AAACUCUACUUUUUGUUCAACUCAAUUUGGCAGAAUCUAAAUUUCAUAAAAACGUUUUUUAGAUGGAAUUCUCUCUUUUGUCAAAUUCAGAGUUGAAAGGAGCGUUAUCUUAUAAAGGCAAAACUAAAACUCAAAGUACGUCAUUUCUUGAAGUGCCUAAAGUUAAGAAAAAACGUUAUGAUACUUCACUUGGACCUUUAACUAAAAAAUUUAUACAACUGCUCCAAGAAUCGCCUAUGGGAGUUUUGGACUUAAAUUAUGUUUCUGAGCUUCUGAGGGUCCCUAAACGGCGUUUAUAUGAUAUCACUAAUGUUCUUGAAGGAAUCAACUUAAUUGAAAAAAAGUCUAAGAAUAAAAUCUGGUGGAAGGGAACUUCUGGAGCUGUAAAUGAUAAUUACAAGAAAGAACUGGAAAGUUACGGAAGUGAAAUUAAAUUUCUUGAAAAAGAAGAGCGUCAGCUAGAAGAACUGAUCAAAGUCAUUCAAAGCAGUUUAAGGAGUUUAGCGGAAGAUGUUGAUAACAUAAGUUUAGCUUAUGUUACUCAUGAAGAUAUACGGGCUGUUCCUUCCCUCCAGAACAAAACAAUAAUAGCCAUCAAAGCCCCUGCAGGGACCACCCUGGAGGUUUCAGACCCCUCCCAGCAAAAAGAUAAGCAGGAUUGUUGGCAAUAUCAAGUUACUUUGAAAAGUAGCAGCGGCCCGAUCGAUGUUUAUUUAGUGAGUCGAACAGAUGGAGCUUUCGAAUGCGCUCGUUCGGAGCACCCAAGUUCAAGCGAGCACGUGUAUGCACAACCGCCUAAUACGCCACUUUCUUCCAUUCUUCCUUUUUCGGGGGUCCAUAGGAACCUCAUUAGGCUCGACCCGACCAUCCUUCACGAGUCCGAUCACGUACUCCACUACGAUGAAAAUGAAGCAAUUAGUGACUUCUAUGAUUUUUCGUGAUAAUGCGUGUGGGAUUCUGUUUAUUUAUUGAUAUAAAUUGUUUGUAGAA